AUGUCCGCACAGGACUUCGGCGUCGUUGCGAUUGUGUUGCCCAACCCACAAUAUGACCCCUCCAAUGGAGCCCGCAUUGUCAAUGAAUCUUUUGGGUUUGCACUGAGAGCGUCGGGUCUCAUUCGCACCCUGUCUCCCAGCAAUCCGCACCAUUACGAUGUCAUACAAGGCCUGCUAUAUUCUCCCGCCCUUCCGCCCUCCAGUCCCUGUGGCAACUCCACUAGAUCCCUGAUUCCGGCAAAUGCCACGACACGGGACCAGCUACCUCCGGGCGAUUAUCCAUUGAUUGCGUUGGCUCCAUGGACGGAACCAGAGUGCGUGAUCUCUUACCUCUCCGCCAUGCGGUCCGAUCAGGUCCGAGGGGCUAUAUUCUUUCAACCUGGCAAUUCGAAUGAACAACCUCCUCCCGUCAGCGAUCGCUCCUGGACUCUUCAUGAUGGUGGGCAAUGGAAGUCCACAAACGACUAUCCAGUGUAUGCCAUACCUGGGAUGCUUGGAUCUUUUCUCCUGAAUGAGCUAGCACUGUAUUCAGGGAACAUGUCAGAGGUUCCGUUUGGCAGCGAGCUGGUCCAGAUAUACAACCCCAACGACACCAUCAGGCUGUAUGCAAGAAUGGACGUCGCCUCCACCACCGGCAUCCCUUCGCUAUGGGUAUUUCUGAUUAUCGUCCUGGCGAUCCUUCUGGCCGUGGUCUUGAUGACAUCGAUCGUCAUGCACAUGAUCCAGCGAAGACAACGACGCGUACUCCAGCGGCGCGUGGCAAAUGGAGAAGUUGAUCUUGAGGCUUUAGGGAUCAAGAGGCUCCAGGUGCCACAAGAGCUGCUGGACAAAAUGCCAAAGUACACUUACAAUACGAAGAUGGAGUCGGAUGGAGUCAAUGGCGACAGUUCGAACGAGGCUGUCGAGCCUGAAACGGUUGAUGCACCCAAACCUGAAGUCGAAAAGUCGGCGCAAGUGGAUGCGAAGGACUUUGAGAGCGCAAUCGCCCCAGCAGUUGUGGUCCACCCAGUCGCCUUCUCUCAGUCGACUUGUCCAAUCUGUCUCGACGAUUUCGUCAGCGGAGAGACCACUGUUCGCGAACUACCUUGUAAUCAUAUCUUUCAUCCAGAAUGCAUCGACCCCUUCCUCCGCGACAAUAGCUCGCUAUGUCCACUGUGCAAGAAGUCAUCACUACCACCAGGAUACUGUCCCGUCCAGGUCACAAACCUCAUGGUGAGGCGAGAAAGACUGAUGCGGCGGAUGCGGCAGCGCUCUAGCGCAGCAGAGGAGUCAUCGAUGGCCUCUCAUAUGCAUCGACUUCCUGCCCCUAUCCUUGCAAUAACCGGCCGCUCUGUUCGGAGCAUUUCAAUACCGAUGGUGUCUCCUCAGAUUCCGGUGGACCAGGCGAGGAGUGGGGUUGCAGGCAUGGAGGAUGGACCACUCGCUCGUAGGCAAAAUACCGUGGAAGACGAAAUACCUGCCGAUAUUCGAGCUCAGGGUGUGUCUGCUAGGCGAGCGUGGCUGCGCGAGCGACUGGCGCGAAGAGAAGCUCGCAGUUAUGAACAGCGGGUUGAUGAAGGUCGCGCUGCUGAGGAAUCAAGACCUCUUUGGCGCCGGAUCGCAGGCCGCCUGUUUCCUAGUCUUUGA